GGACCGGGCCUGAGGAGGGAGGGGGGGGCUCGCCGGCGGCCCCGGGGCUCGGCCCGGAGGGGGGGGGGGGGGGCAUUGCGGCGGGGCCGGUCCUGAAGAGAAACGGCCUCUUGCCCUCCUGCCCUGCCUCCCGGCCGGGAGCGCCCGGACAGCCCCGCCUCCCCCCGGGGGCGGAGGGGCCAUGGCGGAGGCGGGGGGGACGGCCGGGAGCCGCCCGGCGGGGCCGGGCUGCGGCGUGCAGGUGUCUGUCAUUGUGCCUGUUCACAAUAGUGAAUGCUGGUUAGAUGAGUGCUUGAAGUCUGUCUGGGAACAAGAUUUUAAACAAACCAUGGAGCUGUCAGUUUUUAAUGAUGCCAGCAAGGACAGUUCAGCUGAAAUCAUUGCAAAAUGGAAGAUCAAGUUGGAAGAUGCUGGUGUUCCAGUAAUCAUCGGUAGCAAUAAUUCUUCUCAGCCUCGAGGAGUUGGAUUUGCUAAAAAUCAAGCAGUAAUACAGAGUUCGGGAGCCUAUCUCUGCUUUCUGGAUUCAGAUGAUGUGAUGAUGCCCCAGCGGGUUAGACUGCAGUACGAAGCUGCCAUUCAACACCCAAACAGUAUUGUUGGUUGCCAAGUCAGAAGAGAGCCACCGAUGUCUACUGAACGGUACACUCGUUGGAUCAAUAAUCUGACUGAAGAACAGCUUCUUACACAGGUGUUUACCUCCCAUGGACCUACUGUGAUCAUGCCAACCUGGUUCUGUUCUCGAGAAUGGUUUUAUCAUGUGGGAAAAUUUGAUGAGGGUGGAAAAGGUGUUCCAGAAGAUUUGUUAUUUUUUUACAAACACAUCCAAAAGGGUGGUGAAGUUGUUCGAGUAAACCAUUGCCUUCUGCUGUACCGUUACCAUCCACAGGCUGCAACUCAUUCCGUCCUAGAGGAAACCAUCUGGAAUCACCGAGUCAGGUUUCUUGAAGACAGAGUCCUGAGCUCCUGGACAUCUUUCACCAUUUGGAAUGCUGGCAAGCAAGGCAAGAAGCUCUACAGGAGCUUGUCACCAGCUACUCGGAAAAAGGUAACUGCAUUUUGUGAUGUUGAUGAAAAGAAAAUAACAAGAGGAUUCUAUACUUUUGAAGAAUCUGAGGAGAGACCAAAACCAAAAAUUCCAAUAUGUCACUUCAGAGAAGCAACUCCACCUUUCAUUAUCUGUGUGAAGCUGGAUUUGACAGGAGGAGCAUUCGAAACAAACUUGAAUAUGCUGAACUUGAAGGAAGGUGUGGAUUAUUAUCAUUUUAACUAAAAACCAAGUGUACUUCGCAGCUCAUGCUGAGAAUCCAGUUUGUCAAGAUGCCGCAGCACAAACUCUUUCAGUCCUAAGGGCACCUGAACCAAGAGCUUCAGUUUGCAAAGCAGCAGUCAGUGCCUGCAACUUUAUUGUGCUGAACU